UCUGAUGUUUUGCCUAAAAACGCGUUGAUUUUCACUCGCGUCCUGCCCCUUGCCAGGGCUUUACCGACGCCGUUGCAUUCUUAAUCUGUCAAGACCACUCGUCGAUGCUUGCCGUAAAAUUGAGCGAUUCCUUCUAGAUCAACUUCCUACACGUCAAAAUAGUCCGUUCGCUGGCCUUUGGAGCGCUUCUUGUGCGAUUUUGCUCGAACGUGGCCCGACAGACCGCUUUCCAAAAUUCAAGAGAGCCGCUGAAUGCAAAUGAAGUAGACAACAACAAAGGACCGCGUGCUAAGUGAUACAGUCAUACACGGGGACGAUUUGAAUAUACGCGUAUGAAAAUCACUCGCACUUUGCCCAAUGGGCGCGGCAAUCUAGCCGUCCCUAGUAAAAUCACAUGUUAAUGAACAAUUAGGUCCACAAAUAACACUACAGAGGUCUUGCUCGCGGGCAUCAAAGUGGAGGGUUUGACACCUCUUUCUUGGCAGGGCCUGGGCUAUGGUGCACGGGCAAAUGUAUGGAGCAUACCGCCCUGCCGACAUGUUGGGGUCCCAGGGCGGGCUGUCUGUCUGUGAACAGUUUAUAUCACCUCUGGGAUCAAACCCGAGUCUUGGCACGAUGAGUAUUGAGAACUGUGGCCAUGUGUGCGGUGCAGUGCGCUUGGGAAGCGACGCUCUCUUCUCCAAUGCACCGCUUUAGUACAUGACAGGGAAUGCUAAUAGAAAACGCUGGCUUGUCAGACCCUCUGAUGAAGAUGGCAGGAGGCGACUCCUCAGAUGUGCAGAAGAUGAGGGAUGGGGCUGAUUCUGAGGAUGACGGUACCACAGCCAACGGGUCGGUGAAUGGGAUAGAUUUCGUUAGUCAAACAUCAGGACUGAGUCAACAACUACAGGACCAGCAUGCACUGCAUCAGAGCUCUCAACAGCAGCCUCAGCCCCAGGUCCUGUACAUCAACCCCCACGUACAUGCAGCACAGCUGCAGCAAGAGGCCAGUCAAGCUGCAGCACAGCAGACAUCAUUAAAUCUGGAAGUGAAAGGUGAGGACCUGGAGCAGUCCCAGCAGCAGCAAGAAACACAAGCCCAGCACCAACAACAACAACACCAGCAGCAACAGGUGCAGAAUGUGUCACAACUGCACCUGACACAACAUCAGCAGCAGCAGCUACUCAACCAGGCGCAGCUUGUUCUGCAGCAGCAGGUGCAGCAGGGAACCCUUCUGGCAGCCAUCCAGCCGCAGGUCAGCCAGCAGCAACCGCAGCAGCAGCAGACUGUGCAGCCGCAGCAGUUCCUGACUGUACAGAACCCACAGAUAGCUGUCACACCUCAGACGACCACCUCAGCCAUCCAGCUGACAGCUGCAGACCUGAGCCAGCUGCAGCAGCUGCAGCAGCAGAACCUGAACCUGCAGCAGUACGUGCUGUUCCAGCCUGGACAGCUCGGCAAUGGUCAGUUUUUCCUGGCCCAGCCGCAGAUGCCAGGGAUUCAACAAGUACAGCAGAUUGCGCCUCAGGUGACCCAGACGCAGGCCCAGCCCACCACACAGCAGACCACCACGGCGGCCGCCCAGCCCACCAUCGUGCAGACGCAGCAGGGAGCAGCCAUCCUGCAGGCACCGCAGCAGCAGAUCCCGCAGCAGAACAUUCUGCAGGUGGCCGCCACGCAGGGCAGUGUGUCCACGAUCGGUCAGCAGGUGCUGACGCUCUCGCAAGCCCAGCUACCUGUCACCACCCACACUCAGCCACAGAUACAGACUAUACAGAUCCAGAAGUCAGCAGUGACGUCUUCAGGCCCGUCAGGAGACGAGCCCAGUCAGCUGGAGGAGUUGGAACAGUUUGCUAAGAUGUUUAAACAAAGGCGCAUCAAGCUUGGCUUCACGCAAGGAGAUGUGGGUCUUGCCAUGGGGAAACUGUACGGGAACGAUUUUAGUCAGACCACCAUCUCGCGGUUCGAGGCCCUCAACCUGAGCUUCAAGAACAUGUGCAAGUUGAAGCCCCUGUUGGAGAAGUGGCUGCAGGACGCAGACUCCAGCAUGGCCAACCCUGGUGCGCUGGGGAGUCCCCACGGAAGCAUCGAGGUCCUGGGCAGGAGACGGAAGAAAAGAACCAGCAUCGAGACCAAUGUUAGAGUUGCUUUGGAAAAAGCGUUCAUUCAGAAUCCCAAACCCACCUCCGAGGAGAUCGGAAUCAUAGCGGAACAGCUCGGCAUGGAGAAGGAGGUGGUCAGGGUCUGGUUCUGCAACCGGCGACAGAAGGAGAAGCGGAUCAACCCCCAGUCUUCCCUCAACCAGGCGGACACCAUCGUCACCUCACCCAUAUCAACCAACUCAACCGUUGGCACCACUAUCGGUUCAACCAUAGCAUCCACCAUCGGUUCUCCCAUCGGUUCCACUUUGGGAUCGCUUAGCCCACAGAUAGGUUCCACCAUAGGUGCUGUACAGGUGGGGUCGACUAUUGGUUCACCUAUAGGGUCGACCAUUGGCUCCCAAGUUGUGUCCUCAGUUGGUUCUCCUAUAGGCUCCGCCAUUGGUUCCCACGUCGUGUCCUCCAUGGGUUCACCUAUAGGGUCCAGCAUUAGUCCUCAUGUUGUUUCCACUAUUGGCUCACAUGUAGGGUCCUCUAUUGGCUCACACGCAGUUUCUACUAUUGGGUCACCAUUGGGGUCUACGAUUGGUUCGCACGUAGUUUCCGCCAUUGCUGGCUCACAGGCAGUGUCCACUAUCGAUUCGGCAGUAGGCUCGCAGACGGUCUCUACUAUCGGCGCUCCAGUAGGUACGACGAUUAGCCCGGCAAGCGCGGCCUCCACCGUUGGUUCGACGGUUUCAACCUUGGGAUCGGCCAUUUCGACCCUGGGGUCUCAAGUUGUGGGGAUUCCCCACACCACCUUCACAGUUACUCAGAUUCAGCAGAGCCCACCAAAGACUCAACCACAGACACUGGCGCAAACACAGUAGUGAAGGGUACGGAUAGGAACUGGCGGCGUCAUAAGUAUUUUAUUGUAUACCAGUUACAUGGAGGCAUUUGAGAUGCUGUUCCUUCGAUACGUCUCGACAGUCAAAAUUCAAUCGUACUUCCGUUUUAAUCACAGGCAGUCAAGGCAAGGAGAGUGGUGUUGGCAAUGUCAAUGCCACACGAACUUUGAAUGCAUCAACUUUCUUUUUGGCACUGAGAUAUACAGGCAAAGUUGUGGACCAUGUGGGCUUUCCGGAACAACUGAUGGGUUUUCAGCCCGAUAGUAGCAAAGCUGUGUGUUGUUGAGCCAGUCAGAUUCACCUGUGUGGUGACUUGUUCUCAGACUAGUCAGAGCAAAGAUGCGUCCUCUCCUACCCUCACCUGUACACAUUUUUUGUACCAUUUUGUACUUGUUGAAAAGAUGGUGUUCUGGGGGAUAGUGUAAUGUCAACAGUAUUGUAUCAGUGCUGUGUGUAUCCAGUUAUAAACGGUGUUGUAUUAGGUGUACGGUAUUAAUGUAUUUUAAUAGGCAUGAUAAGGAAAUGAAAUAUGUAUCCUAGUGCUAUACAAGCAAUAGGUGGUGGACUGGUGGCUACCCAUAUCACAAAUAACUGCAAUCAAGGCUAGUUUAUAUUACCAUGCUCCUUACUCCAACUCCCUCUUGUAAUGUUAAGAAGCUUCAGACACAUGCAGACAAAAAUUUUUUAACAAACCUCGACUCAUUCAACAGAAGCAGAUCACAAGACGCAUAUUAAGCUUUUUGAAGUUGUCAGGGUAUGGACGAAACGGCAAAGCUGAAUAAUCUGUGCCCUCGUGAACAACACGAUUACUUUGCCUGGCAUAUUUUGCCUGCAUAUUGAGUACAUAUGGCUCAAUUCAACAGCUUUCUUCUUGGAAAGACGUUACAGUAUUUUUGUGAUGCAAGUCAGUGAAUCUUUUACACCUUUUGAAUUCUAAUUGAUUUAGUGGUAAAUUUAGCUGACUAAGCAUGUGACAGUUUCUGAGCUGUCUGCAACCAGAUACCAGUAAGUGUUAGAACAAAAGCCCACAUUCAAAUGAAACCGUACACACAGUCGCUUUACUUUAUCCCACUUGACCCCCAGUGACAACUUGCCUACUAUUUAUUGUACAUUUGACCAAGUAGCUCUGGGUAGAAACAUGGGCAGUCUCUAGUCAUAAGGAGCACAGACCAAGUCUAAAGUCACUGUAUGUAUUUUGUGUACAUAGCUGUAGUGAAGUAUUUGUAGCUGUUGUCAAGCAUGUAUGUUAGUUCUAUGUAUAUUAGUAGCGAAAACUGUGUUGCUAACGAUACCUCACAACCCAUAACACAUGGUGCCAAGAGACAGACGUGAGGCAGACUUUCACUUUGUUGACGGAUAGAUAGAUUCUGUAUAUUCCAGUUGAAGCAAAAAAAAAAAACAUGUAUAAAGUUACAUUUACACCCUGAGACUUUCAAAUGAUGUGUUUGUCAGGUUUUCUUUGCUGAUUGUAUAAUGCUGUUAUACUCAGUAUUGAGCAAUGGCAUGUGUGCUAUCAGUGUACUGUAAUAUUCAAGUCUCAUUCUCAAGUUUUUUCAAUAGGAUUUUCUUACCCGCAGUUUUCUGAAUUAACCCCUCAGCUUUGUAUCAAGAUAUCUGGAAGUAUUAUGGUAUCAUAGAUGUAUUUAUAGGAGGGAGCCAUUUUAGUGAUGCAUGACCUUACGUAUCUCAUGUCCAUUGUGCAUGAAGAUGUGGUCGUUUCUACUCAAACUGUGGGUUCUGCAAACCCUGAUCAGUCAAGCCAUACCCGUAGUCUCACCCAUGUCAUUUUAAACCAUGCAUUUUCUGAAUUAAUGGACAGUCAGUGGAGGAAAAACACAUUCUGUUGAGUAGGGACACUGGAACAGUACACCUGCAUGUUAACCGGUCAUGCCUUGGUGUACAAUCCAAUUUGGUAGAAAUUAUAUUGUGUAACUGUUUAUAGGAUGUAGAUAUUUUAGUUACUUCUCACAUGUGUACAAUAUGCUGGCUUCAAGUACUAUUUUUAUACAGUAAACUUUUGUACUGCAUUUAAAUGAAUUUUAGUACAUUCUGUAAUAUUAUUGCAAUGGGUAGGCUUGUAUUAGAUAAUCCAUAUAGCGGUCUAACAAUGUUGUAUUUGUCGUAUUGUUCACUGAUAAUGUGCCUGUGAAGUGUAUGCUUUUCACAUUACAUGUAUUGAUAAUGAUGGAAUGGUGAAAUGUGUUGUAAUCAAGGUGCAUGGGCAGUCUGCCUUGAUUUUGUUCGAUUGGCAGGUAGUUACAACAUCAUAGUACAAAAGGGAGAUGAAGGAAUGCUGUGCCAUAGGUGUACUGCAAGGAAUGGACCUUCAAAGGAAAAUUGUAUGAAUGAAAAGUGGAUGUCAACAGAGUUAAGAACAGUAAAAGAAGUUAGUUAAUCAACCAACAAAAAUAGGCAUAAAAUCAGAGCACUGCUGUGAGGCACAUUGUUGUACAACACAGUUUGAUUUGCAGUGGUUCUGGUAUAAACCUAGCCUGGGUACCACCUGGAAAGUAGUUCGCUCCGGCGUUCAUUAUAUACUAUAUACAGUCGCUUCUAACUCUGACAUUCAUUAUACACUGCAUAUAUGGCUUAUCUGCUGUUCUGUCUGGGAUCCUGGACCACGUUAAUGUCUGGAAUUGUCCAAAUUUUGGACGCAGAUGCUGAUUGGUCCCUAAAUAAUGAUAAUGAAUAAUAAUACAUUGCUGAUUGGUCCCUACACAUGAGCGAAUUAUAGAAUCUGUUCAAGCGGUUGUUCGAACAGGCAUUCCGUCUGCUUGUGGGAGGCCUGUUGUCACAUCGAACGAAUGCUCUAGAACCCAUUUGUUACUUCGCUCAUUAACUGACGUUAGCACCAAACGGUUUGAAUGUGCAGGUCCCCAGACGGAUAGCAGAAGCAAACAUAAGAGUGUACUACUGUCCAGAUGGUACCCAGGCUAGUAUAAACCACCACACAGGCAACGUUCAUGCACUGUAUAAUGAACUUCUCCUCCCUGUGAAAGGGUGAUCAUUCCAGUCAGCAGUUGUUGUUAUUCAGCAGUUAUCGUAACAUCAAGCAACAGGAAAUCUUAAGGCUGACGUCAAUGGCAUACAUGAUUUAAUGUUUAUUCACUUAACCACAUAACUAUAUAUAUAUAAAUAUAUACAUGUAUAUUAUAAUGUGUCAAUGUAAUGAUGUGGGGAUGGGUCUGAUGAUUGUAUAUCAUGACAGAAACCAGAAAUAGAGAAUACUGUCGAUAUGGACAGUCAGUCUGUAGAUGGCUUCGAAGCUUAGUAUCUUAGAGUCAAUAAAUGUUCUAUUUUUUCCAUGUUACCCAA